UACAGUGUCUGUGUGUCUGAUAGAGAGAGAGCGAAGAGAAUUGAGAUUUUGAGAGCGCGCGCAUAUCACUUUCAGUGAGAUUUUUUUGGUGCCAAAUUGAAGCGCGUUUUUCAAAACCUGCUUUGGUUUUCAUCUUCCCUCCUUCUCCAACCCAAAACCCUAAUUCCCAAUUCAAUUUCCCCCCUUCAAUUUAAAAUCUCACAGUUCUCGAUCCAAUUCACAACCCUUAUCAUUCUCCAAUUCGGUUCUUGCUUCUCAUUCUCUGUCAAAAUGAACUCUCAUUCUUCUUCUUCUUCUGAGUUACCCCCUCUUCCCGAAACCCUAGAUGGGUCUUCUUCAACCCAUUUGGUCCCUGUUUUCUCCACUCUUGCCGGAGAUUCAUUUUAUUCCCCUACCCGUGCUCUCUCUCCUCCUCCGCCACCGCCGCCGCCGUCGCUAACCAUCGAUGACAACGGUAAUAUUUAUGCCGGCGUUGUCGAUGAGGAUGCUCUGAAAGUGGUUCCCGGCAGGGAUCACUCCUUUCAGCUCCUCAUCGACGACCCUUCCUCUGCCCCGCUGUAUGUCCUUCCUCCCGCCGGUAAUCAAUUUGGGCCGGUGUUCUCGUCGCGGGUCACCGCGGUAGCACCACCUGAUGUUCUGAACCCUGAACCUGUUUGCGACCUUUCCUGGUUGUUCACGAACAAUUCAUCUUCCAAGAAUCGAAUCUCCGCCACUCCCGCCACUUCCCCCCCUGAAGCUGCACCUUCUGGGAUUGGUGCUGGGCUUGUAAAUCUGGGCAAUACAUGCUUUCUCAACGCGAUCCUGCAAUGCUUUACGCACACAGUGCCCCUAGUCCAGGGUCUUCUCACAUGCGGCCAUUCCGCGCCUUGUGAUAGACAUGUUCGUGGGUUCUGCGUUCUUUGCGCUCUACGUGACCAUGUUGACAGUUCCUUGGUGUUAUCUGGACAAUCUCUGUCUCCCUCGAAACUUGUGGAUAAUCUGAGUUAUUUUUCUUCUCUAUUUACAAAAUACCAACAGGAGGAUGCUCAUGAAUUUAUGCAGCUUGCAUUAGAUAGACUGGAAGGAUGUUUCCUAAAUUUGAAGAAGAAUGAUAUGAGUGUUGAAGAUGAUAAUCUUGUAAAGAAAGUAUUUGGAGGUCGUCUUAUUAGCAAACUUCGAUGUUGCAAUUGUUGCCACUCUUCUGACACCUAUGAGCCACUUAUUGACAUUAGUUUAGAAAUAGGAAAUGCAGAUUCCCUUUCAAGUGCUCUGGAAUCUUUCACUAUGGUGGAAAAUAUUGAUGCAAAGUUCAAUUGUGAUGGCUGUAAGGAAGAAGUGUCUAAGGAAAAACAGCUUAUGCUGGAUGAAACACCUGCAGUUGCAACAUUUCAUUUGAAGAGAUUUAAGUCAGAUGGGACCUCUGUUCAAAAGAUUGAUAAACAUGUUGAUUUCCCACUGGAGUUGGACUUGACCCCAUACACCUUAUCUGGUGAAAAAAAUGAUGCACCAUUGAAGUACGAUCUAUAUGCAAUUGUUGUGCAUAAUGGAGUUUCCUAUACCUCAGGACAUUACUUUUGCUUUGUCCGCUCUGCUCCAGACACAUGGCAUAAGAUGGAUGAUUCAAAGGUUACCAAGGUGUCAGAAAACUCUGUGCUGUCUGAGGAAGCAUACAUACUGUUUUAUGCACGACAGGGAACCCCAUGGUUUUCAAGUGUUUUUGAAUCUCUAAGACCAUACUUAAAGCCAAGUAUAAUGAAUACUUCUCCUAAGUCUGUUUUGGACAGUGUUGCCAACUCAGAUAAAUCAAAUGCAAUUGUUGAGGGUGGAGCGACUAAUGAGUCUGAUCCAUUUUCUAAGAAUCUGCUUGACAUGUCCUGUCAUGAAGUUCUUGAAAUCAAUGACACUAGUGAUGAUGCUCCUCAUGACUGUGGAUAUUCUGUUGGGCCAAAUAGUGCUACUUUGGAUAGCAUUGUUAUGCCUAAUAGAAACUCAAGCAUAGAGAUUGAUGCUUUGGUUCAAAACAAUGUCUGUGCAGAAGUAUCUGAAGAAAAUGCUGCUUUUCACCCUUUAACUCCUCCCUGCUCCCCUUCUAAUGCUGCAGACAAUAUUUUCCCCAUCUCACAUGAUCACUUGAAGAAGGAGAAUCAUGGGAGCUGUAAAAGACCAUCCAAUAACCUCUCGGGUGGUUCUGAAAGACAAGUUGCCGAGAGAUACAUUAGCAAGAUGUCUGGUGCGAGGAAAGCUGCAUUCAUGAAAUUCUUUCCUCAGAGCGAAUCUCCUUCGGACAAGAAGAGAAAGAAGGUGGAUUCAUUGCAGUGUAAGAAAGACGAGUCAAGUGUUUCAAAGAAAUCAAACCGUGUUUCUGUUUCCCACCCUGUGACAGCUGGAACAUCUAAGUGAAAUAGCCUUCAUACUGUAUAGGUUUAUCCAUAGGAAGGACAGUAGGAACAAGGUUGUAUACAUGUUUACAUUGCUAAUGAUAAUAAUAAAGUGAUUUGUAGGCAUUGUCUCUUA